UUUCAGAGGUUCCAUUGGGGUGUAGGAGUCGACAAUUUGUUUGCAUCUAUGCAUGUUUCGACUUUUUGUGCUGCCAUUAAGCCAUUUUAGAGGCAACUGAGUUCUGCACAUUAGACGCGUUACUUUGUGAUACCGAAAUAAUGUCUGACAAGAAAGCUUACCCUGUUGCAGGACAGCCACCAGCAGGUUAUGUACCAGCACCUCCACCUGGUACUUAUGGAGUGCCUGGAGCAGCUCCCUAUGGUGUUUUUCCAUCACAAGCCCAUUUGUAUGCUGCAGCAGCAGCUGCACAAGGGCCACCACCCACAUAUGACCAGUCUUUGGCACACCCUGCAGCAGUUAAUCAGCAGAUGUAUGCACAGAGUGCUGCAGCUGCACAGAUGUAUGCUCAAGGGUAUCCUGGCUACUUAGGGUAUCCGGCAUAUAGUCCCAUGCAGGCAUACUACCCAUCUCUUGCUGCAUAUUCAUAUCCAGGAAUGCAGCCAGCUCAGUUAAGGCCAACAAUAAUGGUGCCGAAUGGAUUUGAUGCUGGUGCUCGUUUUGAUGGCAUAGCUCAGCCUGUACUACCUCCCGCACCACCUGGUGUGCCUGCUAAUGCUGCUCAACUUGCUGCCAUGGCUGGUCACAAUGUUGCCCUUUCUCAAAAGAAAGGCUCAUUUCUAGCUGGUGGAAGUGAAGGAGGUUAUACUUUUUGGUAGGACUAGCAACACAGAGCAGAAGUUUUUGGACUCCCCCCUCAGGAAAAAAAUGAGUGUUGCUGUUAGAUGAUGCUUCAGCCCAUUAUUGCAAGUGUUUAACCCCAUAGACACUCACAGAAUCAGGUUUCUGUGGUAGGUGGUGUGAUGAGGAUUGCUCUUACAUUGUAACCUGAUGUUUACAGCAGAAAGUGAUGUGCCCAGGACCAGUUUCAUUUGUAACUACUAUGGGUGGAAUUGAAGUGGGCUACUGACAAAACCACUACAAUAAAUUCUUUUAUUGAAUGACCACAGUUUUAUAGUUCAGUAUAUCUUGAAGGAUAACUUAUUUCCCAGUGUUAAGACUUGUGUUCAACACAAUUUGAUCCUUGUAUACAGAACAGUAGUUGCCAUCAUUCUCAUCUUUCCACAAAAGUUAAAUGUACCUUAAUGUUUCAUAUGAAUUGUAAAUUUCUAGUUUCUACAGUUCACUUAGUUCCCCUUUUGUGACCUGAUGUGUUAAUUACAAAAACAUUGAAGCAUUGAUAAGAGUAUAAACAGUAAUUUUUAAAAUGGCACUGUUAAUUGCGGUAUAUUUGGUGCUGAGUAAUUCACAUUUUGUAAAUUUUUGAAAACGGUUAUAAUGUUCAAAAUUUUGUUGGUUAUCAUAAAGUAUUAAUUUUAUCCAGAAAAAGUUAAGCACCUGUGACAAACGUAAGAAAAUUGCUUUUUGCUUCCAAAUUUGUGUAAUUCUUCAUUUUGUGUUAAAGUUCAAACGGAAAUUAAUCACAUAUACUGUGCUCAGAAUUUGCAUGUGUAACAAACUCAACUGAUCCUCAUAGGUACUCUCAAAUAUGGGUUUAGUACUUGAAACUGUGUAAAACAUAUAUUCUGCAAUAUUUUUAAAAAUGUGGAAAUUUUACUUCUUAACUUUGUUGUUAAAUAUCAUGUGUUGGGUGAUCGUAGUGUGCAUAAUUGCAGGCUUUGAAGCACUUGUUUAUUGUUGAGAACUACCUGAACUGGUCUGAUUGUUAAAGUCCUCACUGUGUGCUAAAAAUGAGAGACUGUGAUAUUACAAUUUUUGGCUUUAAAAACCUGUUACUGUUAAAUAAUUGGUCAUAAUUUGGGGCAUAGCAACAGCAUGAAUGUGCAGUUAUGAACAUUUGUAUCAAACUGAUAAAAAUUUGCAUUGUGGAAAGAGCUAAAGUUUUGUUUUUGAGGCUUUAGUAAUAUGUUGACUGUUGAAAGUAAGUUUCUUAUGUUUUAAAGGAAAAGUCCAAAUUACUGUAUGAACUAAUUUUUGUUGAAAAGUGUAACUUCUUUCUUUGGAAACAUUUGCAGUUUUUGUCAAUGAUAGAAUAAUUGUUUAGUGAGUGAUUCAUACGGUGUAACAAUUAUUUUGUAGAACAAUGCUUGAAUAUUAUGAAGCAUUCCAUUGUACAUGCAGAUUUAUUAAAUCUGGAAUAUGCAGCAAUUAACACAAAGUUAGUACAAGUAUUUACUUUUUGUACAUUGUUUAUGCUUAUGACUUUAUUUAAUAUGAAUUACUGAUUCCUGAAUAUUACAGUGGAAAAUACAAAUGUGUGUUUGUAAUUGCUACUUGCAGCUUCAUGGGGUACAAAAUUUAAUAGACUUAAUAGCAGGUUUGACUAAAAUAUUAAUACUUGCAUUCAGUGAGUUCAAAAAUUUUGAAUCUAUUGGUAGAGAGCCAGUAUUAGAUCAGAACAAGAGAUUUUAUUUCAGAAUGAAAAUUUUUCUGUUUUUUCACAAACUAAGUGGGUAUUGUGUGAAAAAAUAAGUGGUACGAUCACUUGUGGUGACUGAAGUGUUUCAAAGGAAUGGGAGAAAUGUGGCUCUUGACAUAACUGUGUUCUGUGUUUUAUUCCACCUUCUGGAGUAUAAUUGGGCUGCCCACGUGUUAUGAAGUUUGUGAAACAAUCAAGGCAGCUAAUACAUCUAAAUUCAAUGUUAGUGCUGUGAUAUUUUGAAAUUUUUGUAGACACUUGUUUUUAACACUAAAGUGUUAUUUUCAAUCUGGAUAAAGUUAUUCAACAAAAUUUUAGACUUUCGUAGUUCAUUCAAAGCUAUGAAUCAGCAGUUGAUAUAAGAACUUAAUUGGUGUAACAAUGCGGGCGCGCGCGCGCGCAUACACACACACACACACACACACACACACACACACACACACACAGACUCUCUCUCUUUCAGGUAAUACGGUCAACUGUGAUCUUUUUAUAGUGAUGUGCUGAUAGAAAUGAAACAAACUACUGUAAUUCAAGGACUUAUUCUUUAUUAUGAAAAAUGGAAACUGGUUUGGAAGUUAUUCAUGCUAUGGAAAAUAAGUCAUUCACUGUUUUUUCAUAUUCACAAGUUAACUGCUUAUCCUCACAAAGGGCUUUGUCUGCUUCAAAAUAAGUCUUGUGACUUUAAUAAGAUUCUGAAAUGGAAUAUGAGUAACUUUGAUGCACAGAUUUGCAGUUCUGAAAAUACAUUUAAUAUAUUAAUAGGUAUUGAUGAGCUGGUGUUAAAUUCUUGUUAUCCUUUGACUGGAUGUUAUAUAAAUCAAGAAAAUUCAGUUAAAAAUUUUGUAUCUUAAUGAGAGUAUCAUCAGCUUUAACUACUUCAGUCUUAAAUUCUAUUUUAUUGAACUUUGCAAGAAUCUUUUCAAUUUUAAUGUUGAGUACUGCAGAACAAAUAAAAUAUAUUUGUUUGGCAUUUCUAAAUGUGGCUGAUGCAGGAAAAAUAACUCAAGGAAAUUGCAAAAUCUGAAAGAUGUUUGUUUCGUUAUAAAUGAGUGUUUGGCAGAUCAGUUGCUGUAUAUGCAUGAGUCCUGGAUGUGACUUGUCUUGCUGGAUUAUCUUUGUCUCCUUGUAACAUUUUUGUCUACCACAUUCCAAAGCAAACGACUCUGUCAGGUCCAGUUUGUUGCUAUUACUGUUACCAUUGAUAUUACUUCAUAUGACAUUGUUUGUAAAUAAAUCCAUAUUAAAAAUAUCUUCAGUAUUUCAAUAUUACAUUUCAUUUAAGCUUUUAAAGCUUAUUUAUUUUGAAAUUAUACAGUCAGCCCAUUGAAGUUUUUAACUCAGGCUAUUAACCUCCAAGAUUUUUCCAAGUGUUGCAAAGUUUUAAAUGGCCAUGUAUAUUUUACUUGCACAGAAAAGGUGGAUUUUUGUUUUUAAGUAAUUUAAAAGGUGAUCGGAUGGAAAGUAUACUGUUAAUGUACAAAUUUAUUGGCGUUAUUGAACUCGAGUGCCAAGCUGACACUGUUACAUUACUACUGAAAUAAAAGUACCUGGAUUGCUACAAAAGUUGUGUGUAGUUACAAGCCAGUGUUGUACAGAGUUCAGGAGUCAUUUAUUCUUAAUAAUCUGGCUUAUCACACUCUAUGGAGCACACCUGUGUGUGCGCCAUCUCCUUUUGCGCACACAUAUUAAAUAUAUAAUAAUUAAGACAUUUUGCUAAGUAAUUUUGAAAUAUACAUGUGGUUACUCGUGUAUGUACGAAAUAUUUCUACCUCGAACUGACCUGCACUGGCUGUAAAUGAAGAGGAAUAAUUUCCAGUUAAGCAAUAAAUUUCUAUGUAACAAAUUUUGAGAAAGUUAAUAAUCCUUAUUUCAGCAUGGGUAUAAUAUGUAUUAGUAUCUUUGUUACUGCUGUGAUAUACUCAUUAAGUGUGGAUGAACUCUUUUUAAAAAAGAAAGAAAUGGUAUUUAAAGUGAUAAAAUGAAAUUUUAUAUCAAAGGUUACUUAAAAGUUUGGUCACCUUUUGAUCAAGAGCUAGAAUUCCUUUUGUAGAUACAGAGGCUAUCUAUUCAUUAUUUUUUAAAAUCCAUAAAUAAAUGGACACCAGUAGUUUCAGUAAAAAUCUAUUGAAUUAGAAGGGUGGGUGUAUCUUUAUCAAAACACAAGCCAGCCAGCCUCCACUUGUUACAUAGUUGUUUUAAUAAUGGGUUGAAUUUGGGAUACCACAGUUUCAUCUAUACUUAUUUCACAGGGUCAUCAUUACAUAAAGCUGUCUUACAGCAAAGGAUUGUAUAAUUUAAUCAGAAAGACUUCCAGUAAUAACUCUGCGAUUGCAUAUUAUCUUCAAACAAGAGUAGCAUGUAGAUAAAGGUAAGUAAGUCAGUGAUGAAGGAAAACAGUUGAACUUGCAGAUCUGUAAUGUAGUUAGUGUACUAUUAGUAAAUUUUCUUUUGAGACCAGCAUGCUGGCAUACAGUGAAAAAAAUUGUAACCUCUGGAAGUGUAGUUCACCACAGCUUAUUUCUCAGUGGAGCCAUGUUACUGUUUGGUAUCCAUUUGUUACAGUGUAAAUUAGGUACAGAUGUGCUUAUUGGUUCAAUUUCUUUACACUCUUAAGGCAACAGUUAUAUGAAAAUGACAGGACACUUAUUGUAAAAUGCUGUAAGCACCACUGAAUAUAAGAAGUUACUUUGAUUUUGAAGUUGGAGAAACAAGUGCCUAGAGAGAAGAGCCAGCCUAUGGUGGUCUGGACAGUUUUUCAUUACUUUAAGCAUGUUAAUAUGUUGUCACAGAAGUGUGUAUCAUUAUUGUGGGUGUUCUGCCAAUAAAGUUGGUUCUCCACUGUAACUGAAUGCAUACACUGUGCUGACACACAAAUAUCUCUCUCUCUCUCUCUCUCUCUCUCUCUCUCUCUCUCUCUCUCUCUCUCUCUCUCUCUCUCUCUUGUGUGUGUGUGUGUGUGUGUGUGUGUGUGUGUGUGUGUGUGUGUCCACCUUUCACCCCUGCACCAUUGAUGAUCUGUGACAGCAAAGAGAGAUUCUAAAUGAAACUAUGAAUCAUAUUGGAAAUGUAGCUUUAAUAAAUUAUAGGGGUAUUGUAAUGUAAUGACUUUAUCAGUGUUAAAAUUUGUAGACAAUUCGUGAGCAAGUGUCAACUGCAUUUUGUAAACUUACCAACUAAAUUAUUCCUGUUUUCAUUUUUAUUUUUAUAUUAUCUUGUUACUAGUUUUGUUACACUGUUUAAUUUAAGUAGUUAGUGAUGUACAAACAAUUGGCAAUGCAACAAAGCUGUAAAGAAUGGAAUGGUAAACUCUAAAGCCAAAAAUGUAACGGCAUUAAAUGGAUAUUACAACAGUUAAUAAAGAUAAAACAUUUUUAUUCUUUGAGUA